CAGUCACGUGAGCGUGGCAGUCACAUGACCGCAUCCCGGUCCCCAAGAAGAUGGGCGCUCGGCCGUGGCCUGCCCUGCGCUGGGCCCUGACCCUGCUGCUGGUGCUGGGGCCGCGCUGCCUGGAGGCUGGGGCCCCCAGAGCCCCGGAGAGCGACUUCCAGGAGGGCUACUUUGAGCAGCUCCUGGACCAUUUCAACUUCGAGAGGUUCGGCAACAAGACCUUCCCCCAGCGGUUCCUGGUGUCAGAGAAGUUCUGGAGAAAGGGCAAGGGCCCCAUAUUCUUCUACACGGGCAAUGAGGGGGACGUGUGGUCCUUCGCCAACAACUCGGGCUUCAUCCAGGAGCUGGCGGCUCAGCAGGAGGCCCUGGUCGUCUUCGCGGAGCACCGCUACUAUGGGAAGUCACUGCCGUUCGGCGACCGGUCUACGCGGCGCGGGCACACGGAGCUGCUGACGGUGGAGCAGGCCCUGGCCGACUUCGCCAGGCUGAUCCGCGCUCUGCAGCACGACCUUGGGGCCUACGACAGCCCCGUCAUCGCCUUUGGUGGCAGCUACGGGGGGAUGCUCAGCGCCUACAUGAGGAUGAAGUACCCCCAUCUCGUGGCCGGCGCGCUCGCGGCCAGUGCGCCCGUCGUGGCUGUGGCCGGCCUUGGCGACUCCUACCAGUUCUUCCGGGACGUCUCAGCAGACUUUGAGGGCCAGAGUCCCAAGUGUGCCCAGGGCGUGCGGGACGCGUUCCGGCAGAUCAAGGACUUGUUCUCGCAGGGAGCCUACCACACGGUCAGCCGGGAGUUCGGCACCUGCCAGCCACUGUCCAGCCGGGAGGACCUGACCCAGCUCUUCGGGUUUGCCCGGAAUGCCUUCACCGUGCUGGCCAUGAUGGACUACCCGUACCCCACCGACUUCAUCGGGCACCUUCCCGCCAACCCAGUCAAGGUCGGCUGUGACCGGCUGCUGAGUGAGAGCCAGAGGAUCAAGGGGCUGCGAGCCCUGGCUGGUGCGUCUGCCCCUCGGCCCUGCGCCAAGUGUCGGGGGUGGACAUGGCUUGGGGGCGCAGGCCACGCGGAGGCGAAGAGCACCGACGUUCCCAGGCUGGUGUACAACUCCUCGGGCACCGUGUCCUGCUACGACAUCUACCAGCAGUACCAGACCUGCGCGGACCCCACAGGCUGCGGCUCCGGCUCUGACGCCAGGGCCUGGGAUUACCAGGCCUGCACCGAGAUCAACUUGACGUUUUCCAGCAACAACGUGACAGACCUUUUCCCCGAGCUGCCCUUCACGGAGGCGCUCCGCCAGCAGUACUGCCUGGACACGUGGGGUGUGUGGCCCCGGAGGGACUGGCUGCAGACCAGCUUCGGCGGGGACGACCUCAAAGCUGCCAGCAACAUCCUCUUCUCCAACGGUGACCUGGACCCCUGGGCAGGGGGUGGGAUCCGGACUAACCUGAGUGCGUCAGUCCUCGCCAUCACCAUCCAGGGGGGCGCCCAUCACCUAGACCUGAGAGCGUCUCAUCCAGAAGACCCCACGUCUGUCCAGGAGGCUCGUGGGUUUGAGGCCAGGCUCAUCCACAAGUGGGUGGAAACAGCCAGAGGCGAUCAGCGGCGGCAGCCGGCCCAGCGUGGGGGACUCGGAGGUUGAGUGCUCCCCAGCCGACGCCCAGAGAGGACUCCAGGGGAGCAUCUCAGGGCUGUGGGGUGAGCGGCUGCGGAAGCGUUGGGCAGCCCGGUUAGUGCGGUGUGGGCUGAGGGAGCAAACGUGAACACAGACUAGCAAAGCAGCCGCACGGUUAAUAAAACAGAGCCCUCAAUUCA